AUGGCGCCUAGUGUGUUGAUGGUAGGAACUGGAGAGUACACCACGGGUUUCGUGGGUGGUGCUGCUUCUGGUUCGGACAAGAAGGUUGGAGUUGUCGGGUUGACCCUCUUUGACCUCCGACGACGGGGCAAGGUUGGCAAGCUGAGCAUGGUGGGAGUUUCCGGACGCAAGUUUCCUGGCAUUCGCGAGCAUCUUCGCAAGAACAUCUCCGAGGUCUACAAUGGCUUGGACGUUUCCUUCGAGUCCUUCCCCGCUGACGAUCAAACCGAUCCCGACGCCUACAAGAGAGCAAUUGACGCCUUGGAGCCUGGCAGCGCCAUCACCAUCUUCACUCCUGACCCCACACACUUCCCCAUCGCCCUGUACGCCAUCCAGCGCAAAAUCCACGUCAUGAUCACCAAGCCCGCCACAAAGCUGCUGCAGGACCACCUCACCCUCCUCGAGGAGUCUCGCAAGCACGGCGUCUUCGUCUACAUCGAGCACCACAAGCGCUUCGAUCCCGCCUACUCGGACGCCCGCGCCAAGGCCAAGAACCUCGGCGACUUCAACUACUUCUACUCCUACAUGAGCCAGCCCAAGAGCCAGCUCGAGACCUUCAAGGCCUGGGCCGGCAAGGAGAGCGACAUCUCCUACUACCUCAACUCCCACCACAUCGACAUCAACGAGAGCAUGGUCCCCGACUACACUCCCGUCAAGGUCACCGCGUCCGCGGCCAAGGGCACCGCCGUUGCGCUGGGCUGCACCCCGGAGACGGAGGACACCAUCACCUUGCUGGUAAACUGGCAGAGCAAGCAGGACCCCUCCAAGGUCGCCACGGGUGUCUACACAGCCAGCUGGACCGCUCCCCAGAAGGCCGGUGUCCAUUCCAACCAAUACUUCCACUACAUGGGUUCCAAGGGCGAGAUCCGCAUCAACCAAGCCAAGCGCGGCUACGACGUCGUCGACGACAACCAGGGCCAGCUGGCCUGGAUCAACCCGUUCUACAUGCGCUACGCCCCCGACGAAGAGGGCAACUUUGGCGGCCAGACGGGCUACGGGUAUAUCAGUUUCGAAAAGUUCAUCGACGCCGUCACGGCCCUGAAUGAGGGCCGCGUGACGCUGGACCAGCUGGACGCGCGGCCCCUGCCGACCCUCAAGAAUACCAUUGCCACCACGGCGAUCCUGCACGCGGGCCGGAUCUCGCUGGACGAGAACCGCGCGGUGGAGAUUGUUCACGACGGCGACAAGUGGGAGUUGAAGUAG